CGAGAUUCCGGCUCCGCGGCGGCGGGUCCCACCUCCCGGGGGCGGGGCGAGGGCGGAGCGGGCAGAGGCAGCAGACGGUCGCCGGGCCGGCUGCGGUCCGUGCGGAGGCUGAGCCGGCCGCGGGCGCGACCGGAGGCAGUCAUUGCUCUUCAGCUUUUAUGACUUGGAGAUUUUGGCUACGCUUCUCUAGAUUCUUCAGCAGUCCUGGAAGCACACCUCCUGGAAGCACCUCUGCUGUGUUUCCCAAGUCGGCUGCCAGGGAUACAUUGUCUCUUGCUCCCAUUUUGUGAAAUUAAACAGAAAAGUUUCUGUUACUAUGGCAAUGACGGCAGGGUCUACAACCACCUUUCCUAUGAGCAACCAUACCCGGGAAAGAGUGACCGUCGCCAAGCUCACAUUGGAGAAUUUUUACAGCAACCUAAUUUUACAGCAUGAAGAGAGAGAAACCAGGCAGAAGAAAUUAGAAGUGGCUAUGGAAGAAGAAGGAUUAGCAGAUGAAGAGAAAAAGUUACGCCGAUCACAGCAUGCUCGCAAGGAGACAGAGUUCUUACGGCUCAAGCGGACCAGACUUGGCCUGGAUGACUUUGAGUCUCUGAAAGUUAUAGGAAGAGGAGCAUUCGGAGAGGUGCGACUGGUCCAGAAGAAAGAUACAGGCCAUAUCUAUGCAAUGAAGAUAUUGAGAAAAGCUGAUAUGCUUGAAAAAGAGCAGGUGGCCCAUAUCCGAGCAGAAAGAGAUAUUUUGGUAGAAGCAGAUGGUGCCUGGGUGGUGAAGAUGUUUUACAGUUUUCAAGACAAGAGGAACCUUUAUCUAAUCAUGGAAUUUCUCCCUGGAGGUGACAUGAUGACAUUGCUAAUGAAGAAGGAUACUUUGACAGAAGAGGAAACACAGUUCUACAUUUCAGAGACUGUUCUGGCAAUAGAUGCAAUCCACCAGUUGGGUUUCAUCCAUCGGGAUAUUAAACCAGACAACCUUUUGUUAGAUGCCAAGGGUCAUGUAAAAUUAUCUGAUUUUGGUUUGUGCACGGGAUUAAAGAAGGCUCAUAGGACUGAAUUCUACAGAAAUCUUACCCACAACCCACCAAGUGACUUCUCAUUCCAGAACAUGAACUCAAAGAGGAAAGCAGAAACAUGGAAGAAGAAUAGGAGACAACUGGCAUAUUCAACAGUUGGGACACCAGAUUACAUUGCUCCAGAAGUAUUCAUGCAGACUGGCUACAACAAAUUGUGUGACUGGUGGUCUUUGGGAGUAAUUAUGUAUGAAAUGCUAAUAGGAUAUCCACCUUUCUGCUCUGAAACACCUCAAGAAACAUACAGGAAAGUGAUGAACUGGAAAGAAACUCUGGUAUUUCCUCCAGAGGUGCCUAUAUCUGAGAAAGCCAAGGACUUAAUUCUUAGGUUUUGUAUUGAUUCUGAAAAUAGAAUUGGGAAUAGUGGAGUAGAAGAAAUAAAAAGUCAUCCUUUUUUUGAAGGUGUCGACUGGGGGCACAUCAGGGAAAGGCCAGCAGCGAUCCCUAUAGAAAUCAAAAGCAUUGAUGAUACAUCAAAUUUUGAUGACUUUCCUGAAUCUGAUAUUUUACAACCAGUGCCAAACACCACGGAACCGGACUACAAAUCCAAAGACUGGGUUUUCCUCAAUUAUACCUAUAAGAGGUUCGAAGGGUUGACUCAGCGUGGCUCUAUCCCCACCUACAUGAAGGCUGGGAAAUUAUGAGCGAAGACCACGUUGGCUCACAACCAAGAGAACUCAGGUAGCCGCAUCACCAGGCUUGCUUGGCGUAGGUAACAGUUCACUGAAAUACUCCUGAUGACGGUGGUGCUUCUGACUACAAGAGGAAAUUCUACAGGAUUAGGAUUUCGAAGACUACUACAGGAAUUGGUUGGCAGUGCCAGCUGGCUUUUUUCUUUUUUUAAUAUUAUUUUUUUUAACUUUAUUAUAUGAAGGUACUGGAAUAAAAGAAAUGUACAUCCCUUUCUAACUGCACUGCCUACACGCGUAUUAAGGUCCAUUCCACCUGUGUGUGCCGUGGCUUUGUACUGUAACACCUCUAAUCAAUUCAGGAGAAACACAUAUCACUUAAAGCAACAUAGGCUAACCUGUAGGUAACACUGCAGUAUUGGCUGUUUUACUGCACACCUUAUGGGUCUAGAUAAUCAAUAAAAGCCAUCUUCCAUAGCUGGUAUUAGAACACUUGCCCUAUUGGUUUGGACAUCUGUAGAAUAUAUAUGAAGACAAUUUCUGUAAUGGUUUUAAGGCAUUUUAAAAAGGAAAUACACUGGGUUAUUUAAAAAAUAAAGUUUAUCAUCAUGUUAUUACACAAACUCCACAGUAGGGAGUAACGAGUUUUGAAUAAGGAGGAAGUUGAACAGCUUCACUCAAGCACUCCACUAAUAUAUUUACUUUGCAUUCAGAAAUACUGAUGACCUUUAUACAUGUAUUCUGUAUACUCAUAGGGAGAUGUACUGUAUCAUAUAAAAUGUAAAGUUGCUUUUCUUGUGACAGGAGGACUUCUUUUUUAAUAAGAGGACAUGGCAUUAUUUUAAUUUGAUUAUGGUGAGUUGAAUUUGAAGAAAUGACCAUGAAGGCUGCUUGUAGAACUACUAGUGUAUUUUUAUUAAACUAUUUUUUUAAACGUCAAACUUCUGAUCAUGUAAAUGAACUUGUAGAGAACAAAGAGCUAUUUCCUUUGGUUUUCUAGAAAGUUGUUACAUAUCAUGGCUGGUUAACUUUUAUUUGUUUUGAUGAAAAAUUUUCCUUUGAUAGUACUUGUAUUAUUGUGCCAUUAUUUUCUUAUACUCCAGAUGUACCAAAGAUCCUGAACAGAGUGGAUGUUCACAACUGUGGGGGAUUUUACUGUCCUGCGGGAAUGCUGUCUUCAGAUCUUUGAUGGAGGCUAGCUCAUUCAAGGGCACUACUGUUCAUGUUUAGCUCCAUCACUGUGGUUACUGUAAACGGAAUUAAGGAAAUAAAUGCAGGCCAGGGGGCUUGUGAUUAGAGGAUGGGGGAGGUGAUGUCAGCAGCAAAUUCUUUGGGUAUUCCCCCAAGAAUACGAUAGUCUUUUCCAGCUCAACAUUUUCAUUUAAAAAUGACUCUCUGAGGUUUUGGCUUCAUCAGUAAUAGUGGAGGAGUAUUAAUUUAUCAAAGAAUGGCCUAAUGUUUGUCUUAACUGUUAACUAGUAGAAUUUCUUUUUUAGAUACAACAGUGAUUACUGUUACAAAUGAUCUGUGAUCAGAAUCUAAAAUGAUAAUUUAUUUGUAUAGAUGUUCUUCUAGUGGGGAAGAAUUGCAUAGGACCAUUAUGCAGAUCUACAAAAGCUUUUAUAAAUGUUCCUGCUUUCUAGGGAGCUCCAUGGUGUUUCAAUAAGGCCAUUCUGUUCUUUUUCCUUCCUGCCCUGUUCUCCCCUUCCCUUUCCUUCCUUUCCCUCCCCCUACCUUUCUUCCUUCCUUCCUCCCCUUUCCCUCCUAGUAUUUGUUUGAUACUUAUUAUGUGUUCACCUAAUAGUUCAUCUCCAUUUUUCUUAUCUGGAACAUGUGACCAAGUAUUUAGGAGAGAGAACUAUUAAAAUUUUGGGGUUAUCUCCUUUUGCCUAGCUCUGGUUUUUCUAAUUACAACUGCCUCUAAUUUUAAAAACUCUCUAACUUACAUUUAGUUUUAUGAGAUUUUUCUCAUUCCCCCCAUUCCCCACUGUUUUUUUUAAAAAGGAUGUUUUGCUAGUGUGAAUGGGUAAGAUACAAGGAAAUUGCAGCAUACUCUGGUUCUACUAUGGUAACUAUUCUAGUAUUAAAAAAUUUCAUUAAUUCAAGUGAGAGAGAGAGAUUGAUAUAAAGGAGCUGAAUUACCUAAGUUUACCUUUUAACUGAAUAAGAAUAGAGCAUUUUAGUUUCCAUUUCCUUCAUUCUUAUUAAUAGGAAGAACUUGGGGAUAGUUAUGGUUUCUUGGCAGCAGAAGGGCAGUUAUGAAAAGUUUACCUUGUUAAGAUACUCAUUUUUCCCUGGAGUUGAGUGAUUCAUAAUCUUUGGGGUUUCCUCCUAUCAAAAGCAUUUCUUAAGUGCCUAUCUAAAAGCAAUUAAAGACUGUGUCUGCCCUUUGGAAGCUAAGAAUUUGAUUCAUAAAGCAAAUUAGAUAAUUUGCAAAGUACCCUUGAGCUUGAAUUUUCUCUUAUUAUAUACUUCCCAUAUUUCAGGUGAACCAUUUAAUUUAAAUGACAAAACCCUAUCUAAUCAACAGAGCAUAAUGACAUUUUCUUUAAAUUAGACUCUAUUUUGAAUUAAAGAGUUUUGUUAUAAACUGUGUGUUUUUGGUUUUUCUAAGUAUAUAGAAAGCUUGUAUAAUUCAUAUUUGUUGAUUUCCUGAUUUAAUGUAGACUUUGACUUUUUUUAUUAAAAAACCUUUGUAUUAAAGCAA